AUGAACAGUCACCACCACAGGCAGCACACCCGCGUCCCCCCCCCCCCCCUCAUCCUCCUCUCUCUCAUCCAUCCGAGUAGCAGCCCCUUCCUCUCUCCUCUGCCUCUGCCUGACGGCCGCAUCCACCGGGACUGCCCUGGCCUCAGACGCUCAUGGACCCGGGCUGAGAGACGCGCUUCUGCAGGAAAAGAUCCAGUGACAAUUCUCCAUCAUUUGAAGGCCCCCCUGCACGGCCUUUUCCUGAGCAGGCGUGUUUUUUUUUUUCUUACCAUGCAGACCCCUGGAGCGCUUUACCGCCUGUAG